AUGGAGAUGCUCACGUUCCCCCGCUACAGCCCCGCCGAGAUCAUCACCUACCUCCGCUGCCACGUGCUGACCGGCUCCGAGGCGCGCAACCUCACCAAGGGCGACCUCUUCCCCAACCCCAAGCCUGAAGUCUUGCACAUGCUUUUCAUGAGAAUCCUGCAGAAGGUAUAUGGGGUCCGCCUGGAGCAUUUCUACAUGAUGCCAGUCAACGUUGAAAUAAUGUACCCACAAAUAUUUGAAGGCUUUCUACCUGUUUGUAACUUGUAUAUUCACAUGGAGCGCUUUCUUCCAGUGUGCUGUAUUCAUGACUUUCAAAUUGCUGAUGUUAUAAACCCAAAAGCAAAGAGGACAACUCGCUUCUUCAGUGGCAUUCUCAACUUCAUACACUUCAGAGAAUCGCGACGUGGAAUCUACCUGGAAUUACAAUCGAACUAUAAAUCAGCUAUGGAGAAACUACAACAACUAGAGACAGCAAAUCAAGAGGCAGCAGCAAAGCUGGAGAAGCUGAACACUGUUCCAGUAGAACAGCAGGCAGAAUUCAGGCAGCUGUCUGAUGACAUUCAGGAGUUGCAGCAACUGCUAAACAAUGACUAUCGUCGGAAAGCGACAGGUUUACAAGAAGUGAUCUCACAGAAGAAGUCAGAUAUUGCAGAGAGGACCCGAAAACUGAAUGAACUCAAAGUGAUAAUGGCUUCUUUGAAAGAAGAACAAGAGCAGCUGAAAUCAAAAAUCGUAGAGAGUCCAGAGGAAGUGAAAAACUACAAAGAGAUAAUGAAAGAAACUGUUAAGAAACUCAAGAAAUCUAAGCAAGAGGUUAUAGAGAAUUAUGAAGGUUAUCGAGACCUUGUUGAGAUUCUUCCAUCGUGCCAAUUGGAGGUGCAGUUGUACCAAAAGAAAAUGGAAAGACAGGUAGCCAAUAUGGAGAGACUGGCCAGUGUAGUGGCAGAGGUCAGAAAUCUAGAAGAUCAGUUUGAAAGUGCUCAGAUAGAGCUGAAAAAAGGCAAGACGGAUGAAAUGUCCUUAAAGCGACUGGUUACUGCAAAGCAGGAGAAGCUUUCUACAACUGAAAUAAGGAUAAAAAAGAAGCGUGAAGAUGUUGAGCAAUACAAGCACACUAUAUUUGAGUAUUGUAACAGAGUUCAGGAAAAGAGGGGGGCUGUAUAUGAAAAAGUGACUGCAAUUCACAAGGAGAUCCAACAGAUAAGAUUCAAAAUUGAGCAGUUGAAUGAGAAUGCUGAAAAAGAAGAAAUGGAUGUCAAGGAGAUAUAUCUUAAUUUGAAGGCUAGUUUGGAGAAGUGUCAUGACUCUCUCAUAAAGAAGGUAAACAGUUAUGCAGCUGCAAGAGAAGAUAAAAUUGCUGAACUGAAGGAGGAGCUACUUAAAAUUCAGAUUCCUGGAAGUAAUUCUUAAGCAUAUCUUCAUAUUACUGCAUUUGGAUUGUGCUCUUGCUUGUCUUCAAACUUGAGAGCUUAUGCUUUGUGUAGGACGGAUUACUUGAGGCAAAAGGAACUUUCUCAAAACCAUGUCGUGUUUAGGCAGAUCUGGUGUUGUCAGCUAGCUAAUCUUAGAAGUCUUGGUUCAACCAGUUUGUAUUGUUUAGGUUAAUAUCUGGUGUUAGACAUAAGAAUGCAAACCUCUCUUACACCAUGUUCUUUCCACUUAGAAGGAAUUCCGUUCAUUUAAAAGGAAUUUUGCUUUUGCAGAAAUUGUUUUGUAAAUGUUGAUCUUGAUGACCUGUGACUUUGGUCUGUGAGACCUGGCUUUGUUCUGACAAGAUCCACUGUUCAAACUCAGUCUGUAAUAUAUUUUGCUUCUAUUUUUCAAUUAUGAUAAAAUUCUGAUGAAGCAGUAGUGUCUUCCUUGUAAACACUAGCUUGCUUUCUUCGUAACAUUUGUGACCCUGGAAACUCCCAAGAGUGUCACUUUAGUUAAUAUUGCAGUGUCUCUAGAAGCUUCAACUCAUUGAUUCUGCCCAAGGUAGUAGUGAGCACUUGUGUACAAAUUUAAGGCAAGUCUCUGUUUGGGGCACUAGCUUGCAGUGCUCCUAAAUACUUGCUAGACUGCUUUGGAAAUGUUUUUGAUUAUUAGAGUUAUUAUGAAAUGUUAUUUUUAAAAAUGGCUGAUAUAAGGAUAUGUAACUCUA